CCCCUUCAGAGCAGUUCCUGCCUUCUCUACCAUGCCCAGCCCUUAGCAGCUCAUGGUUGUGACCACACAAGCCAGUGGUCAGAUGCAACGUCCUGCUCAUAACUGUGCCCAUUGUUGCCGAAAGUGGAGUGAAACUCAGGAGCUGAAAAACAGGGUCACAGUGAGAGAAUGGGGAAUUCUCUACUGAGAGAACUCAAUUGCCUGAGAAACAAUCAAAAGAAGCACAAGAAAGUAAACCAACAUGUGGAAAGAAAAUGGCAGGAAAUGGCUACAUUUGAGAGAGAAAAUCCAGUUCAAGAUAAGAAAAGCAAAGAAGUUUUAUCUGCCUCUAAUCAGGAACAUGAGAAUGGCAGUGGUUCUGAGGAAGUGUGCUACACUGUCAUUAGUCACAGUUCCUAUCGGAGGCCCUCCCUGAGCUCCAACGAUGAUGGUUAUGAGAAUAUCGACUCCACCACAAAGACAGUGAAGCCAUUUAGAAAUGGGCCCGAAACAGAAUAUGCUCUUCUCAGGAUGACUUGUGCUACUAGGCCUUCUUCCUGUACCGCUGACCAUGAUUAUGAACUUGUGCUUCCCCACUAGAAAUCUCAUGCUUCCACUAAAAAAGAUGAUACA